AUAAAAAGAAAACCCUGAAAAAAAGGAAAAAGAGUUUCCCCAGACUUUCGAAAACUCUUCAAGCCGAUCGAUCCUUCAAAAGACAACUUGCAUUUCAGUAUGGAAAACUUAUUUUUUUGCACUAUUAUAGGAGGGAACGAUGGAAAUGGCGGAUGGUUUGAUUGACUUGGAUCGUUUGACAUUUUCCUUGUCGUAGAUGAGCAGCAACAGAACCAAAGAAGCCGUGCAAAAUGUUCUUGUAGGAACGACUUUGACAGGUAAGGAACAUGAUGCUCCCCUCACCCCACCCCCACCCCCGCGAAGAUAUUUUUUAUUUUUUACUAAAGACAGUUUGAAAUAUUAUGGUAUGGUGGGUGGAUUCAAUAAGCAUAGCCGUCCUGGGUGGAACGGUAGGAGCGACCACAGCUACUCUAUUCAACAAGCCAGUAAAGACGUUUGCCUUCAACGUUUGUUUACUUUCUGGCAUGUACGGGUCAACAUUUUUCUUGGUUCGAGAAACGUUUAUAAGUUAUCAACGACAGAAAAAUAGUUAUUUUGGGCUAAAGAACUCAGUGACUAAAGAUCACGAUGCUAUGCUAAGCAGUACUUUAGCAGGCACCAUGACGGGUGGAUUAGUCAAUGGUAUUUUUAAAGGACCUCGUGCUGCACUGCCCAGCGCGGUCGUGAUGGGUGCGCUUUGUUCAGGUCUUCAGUUUGUUUACACCAAAGUGAACCAUUGGCGACAAGAGGCCAUUAUCAAAAGUGGUAGCCUGGAUGGCGAAGAUGUUUAUCCCAACGAGGAUGAUCAACCCAAGAAGAGUUUCCUACAACAUAUUCAUUUACCGAGCUGGUUCCCUAUUCGUGAAAUAUCAGAGGAGGACUAUAAAGAAUUACUGGAUACCAAGUUACACACAUUGGAAGCCGAAUUAGCGGAACUACAGAAGAAACUGGAUCAACAAGAAAAGGCAACCAAAGAAUUGAAAUAGGGUCUAAUGUAAAAACCAUGCUCCACCCUUUUUUUUCGAUACAGAGGAGGAUGCUCUUCUUAGCCCCAAUGGCUGGAAAAAAAAGACAAAAAGUUUCAAUAGUGUACACACAAAAAAAAAGAGUAUAGUUC